AUGAGCCGGUUACAAAGUUGGCCCGAGCCGAUUAUUCGAGUUCAUGAACUGUCCGAAAGUGGCAUUAAGAAAAUUCCCGAAAACUUCGUGAAGCUCCUAUCGGACAGGCCAAGUGAGAUGACAACGUUGUCAUCAUCACAUGUUCAUAAUAUUCCGUUGAUUGACCUUGAAAACUUGAAGUCAUCGGAUGAAUCCAUUCGCGACGAGACAAUGGAAAUCAUUUCCAAGGCUUGUCGCGAAUGGGGUUUCUUCCAGGUGGUGAACCAUGGCGUUAGCCAUGAACUUAUGGCUAACGCACGUGGUGUCUGGCGGGAGUUCUUUCAUCUCCGGCUGGAUGAGAAGCAGAAGUUUGCGAAUUCGCCAAUUACUUAUGAGGGUUAUGGAAGCAGACUUGGAGUGGUGAAAGGUGCUAAAUUGGAUUGGUGUGAUUAUUUCUUCCUUCAUUAUCUUCCUGAGAAGUUGAAGGAUGAGAAUAAAUGGCCUAGUCUUCCUAUUUCAUGCAGGCAAAUAAUUGGUGAAUAUGGACAAGAAGUAAUGAAAUUAUGUGAAAGAUUAACGAAAAUCUUAUCGAUAAACCUUGGAUUAAAUGAAAAUUAUCUACACACAAAAUUUGGUGGAGACAAUGAAAGAGGUGCAUGUUUAAGGGUUAAUUUUUACCCAAAAUGUCCCCAGCCUGACCUAACACUUGGACUCUCUCCCCACUCUGAUCCUGGUGGCAUGACCCUUCUCCUCCCUGACACCGACGUCGCCGGCCUCCAAGUCCGUCAUGGUGAUGACUGGAUAACGGUUAAACCGGUUCCUAAUGCCUUCAUCGUCAACAUGGGAGAUCAAAUUCAGGUAUUAAGCAACGCAAUAUACAAGAGUAUAGAACAUCGUGUGAUCGUUAAUUCUGCGAAAGAACGUAUUUCUUUAGCGUUCUUCUACAAUCCAGGAGGUGACAUUCUCAUUAAACCUGCAAAUGAACUUGUGACGGAGGAUCGUUCAGUGUUAUAUUUACCGAUGACGUUCAACGAAUAUCGAGCUUUCAUUAGAACAAAGGGUCCUUGUGGAAAAUCUCAAGUUGAAUCACUAAAAUCGCCAAGAUAA